CAUGCGCCGUCCGGCCUUACGUGGCAAGCACAGCUGUUUUGUUUGGUGUGUAGUAAACAGAAAUAAAUUACUGAUUUGAAUUGGAUUUUGUUAUUGUAGCUGGGAUAUUUUGGUUUUGAUUUCGUGACAGUAGGUUGAAUUAAAGAACUUAUAACGGCCCAUUAUUUUUUCUAGAUUGAACGAUGUGCUUUUUUACGAAUAUGUCAUCUAAUGAUAAAUGUUGUAUUUUUGUUUAAUUAUUGUAAAUGUAAGAUUUACGGAGCAUCCGAUGUGUGGCAGUUUGCUAUAAAUUUAAUGUUGAGAGAGUGAUACAGAGUUUCAUAAUAGUAGAACUGCGAAAAUAUAAUCAGAUUGCAAAGUGGGGUUAAGUUUGACAUUUGAACUUGUGUGUUUGCGUCGAUUUUUUUUAUUAUUUGUCUUCUUGACGGUGGAUGAGGCAAGAUGCACCCCCAGUACCUGCCCCAGCAGUACGGCGGCCUGGCAGGGCUGGGCCAAGGCGGCCCGCCGGGGGCCUCCCGGCCGUCCCCUUCCGUCACGCCGGGCUCCUACCAGCAGCCAGCGCCCACUCAGGGAAGUCCCCUUGUCCAACGGAUGGGCCCAGGCUCUGGAGGUUUCCCUCAGAGCGAUGGCAGAGACAUGAGGUCACUGGGCCCCCAGAGUAUUGGUAUUCCAAACGGCCCUUCCCUGCCACCAACAGGUCCUCAAGGUGGAUUUCCUCAACAUUCUAGAGAUCUUCAGAACAUGUCACCACAUGGAGAUUUAUCCAUGUCUAAUCAUUUGGUUGGUCAAAUGUCUGGGAUGAACAUUAAUGGCCCCCCUCGAUCAAGUCAAUCGCUGGAUUACCCAGGAAACACUACUGCAAAACAGACACAUACUGUGCGAUCUUAUGGUGAUAUACAACCAGCUGUAAAUGGAGUUAUGUCACUGUCAAACGAGCAGUCUCUAAAUGGUUUGUCCAACCAGACUCCUCCUUGGCCAUCCAGAGGAUCGUUGCCAUCAUCAUCCCAGCCUUCAACACCAAGUGGAGAUACAUCUUCCAACGUGCCAGAACAGUUUGACUCUACUCCUAUAAUGACAAAAGGACAACCAAAUCAAGUGAAAGCCCUGUCACAACAAAUGGGAGGCCCACCUCAGCAAAUGGGAGGCCCACCACAGCAAAUGGGAGGCCCACCACAGCAAAUGGGAGGCCCACCACAACAAAUGGGAGGCCCACCACAACAAAUGGGAGGCCCACCACAACAAAUGGGAGCCCCACCUCAACAAAUGGGAGCCCCACCUCAACAAAUGGGAGCCCCACCUCAACAAAUGGGAGACCCUCCACAGCAAACGGGAGGUCCUCCACAACAAAUGGGAGGCCCACCACAACAAAUGGGAGGCCCACCACAACAAAUGGGAGGCCCUCCACAACAAAUGGGAGGCCCUCCACAACAAAUGGGAGGUCCUCCACAACAAAUGGGAGGCCCACAACAGCAAAUGGGAGGCCCACCACAGCGAGGACCUCAGCAAAUGGGAGGACCACCACAUCAAAUUGGAGGUCCUACACAACAAAUGGGAGGUCCUACACAACAAAUGGGAGGUCCACCACAACAAAUGGGAGGUCCACCACAACAAAUGGGAGGUCCUACACAACAAAUGGGAGGUCCACCACAACAAAUGGGAGGUCCACCACAACAAAUUGGAGGUCCACCACAACAAAUGGGUGGCCCUCCACAGCAUAUGCGAGCUCCACCACAUAAAAUGGGAGACACACCACAGCAGAUGGGAAGCCCACCACAGCAGAUGGGAAGCCAACCACACCAGAUGGGAGGCCCACCACAGCAAAUGGGUGGCCCACCACAGCAGAUGGGAGGCCCACCACAACUGAUGAGAGGUCCACCACAGCAGAUGGGAACCCCACCACAGCAAAUGGGAAUCCCACCACAGCAAAUGGGAGGCCCAACACAAAUGAGAGACCCACAUCAACAAAUGGGAGGCCCACCGCAACAAAUGGGAGGCCCACCGCAACAAAUGGGAGGUCCACCACCACAAAUGGGAGGUCCACCACCACAAAUGGGUGGCCCACCGCAACAAAUGGGAGGCCCACCACAACAUAUGGGUGGCCCUCCGCAACAGAUGAGAGGCCCUCCGCAACAUAUGGGAGGUACAUCUCAGCACAUGGGAGGUUCUCCAUACCAGAUGGGAGGCCAUCCACAGCAAAUGGGAGGUUCUCCACACCAGAUGGGUGGCCAUCCACAGCAAAUGGGAGGUCCACCACACCAAAUGGGAGGUCCACCACCACAGAUGGGAGGCUCACCAUAUCAAAUGGGUAGUCCUCCAGGAAUGACUGGGCCUCCACAUAUGGGUUUGCCACCAUUAACAAAUCAGCAGCAACAAAUGGGCAAUACACAAUUUCAUCAGACAGGGCCUGCUGGCGGAAAAGGUUAUCCUCCUCCAAACCAGGACGCGUACAACACGAGCAUGGGCGGCCAGCCCUACCAGGCGAUGGGCGCGGGAGGCUACCCGGCAGGGCCCCAGCAGCCCGCCCAGCCGGCCCGCAGGCUCGACCCGGACCAGAUGCCCAGCCCAAUCCAGGUGAUGCAGGACGACCAGCGCAACCGGUCUGGCGUGUUCUGCACCAACCAGAAGGGGCUGGUGCCGCCGCUGGUCACGACGGACUUCUCGGUGCAGGACGGGGGCAACGCCAGCCCCCGCUACAUACGCAGCACCAUGUACAGCGUCCCGGCCACGGUGGACAUGAUGAAGCAGACUGGCGUCCCGUUCGGCCUGGUGAUAGCCCCAAUGGCGGAGGAGGAGUCUCACCCUCCCAUCGUGGACUUGGGAGAGCUCGGACCAGUGCGCUGCAAUCGCUGCAAGGCCUACAUGUGCCCCUUCAUGCAGUUUAUUGACGGUGGCCGCCGCUUCCACUGCCUGUUCUGCAAGGCUGCUACCGAAGUGCCUUCCGAGUAUUUCCAGCAUCUAGACCACACAGGCCAGCGUGUGGACAGAUACGAGCGCCCGGAGCUGGUGCUCGGAACAUACGAGUUUGUGGCCACCAAGGAUUAUUGUAAGAACAACACAUUCCCACAGCCGCCAGCUGUAGUGUUCCUGAUAGACGUUUCCUACAACAACAUCAAGUCUGGGUUGGUUCAGCUACUGUGCUCCCGCAUGAAAGAGAUCAUCAGGCUGUUGCCAAGAGAAGUUGGAGCGGAGCGUUCGAACAUGCGAGUGGGUUUCAUCACAUACAACAACACUGUGCAUUUCUACAAUGUCAAGGGCGUGCUGGCCCAGCCGCAGAUGAUGGUGGUGGGCGACCUCCAGGACAUGUUCAUGCCGCUGCUGGAAGGGUUCCUGUGUGACCCGCUCGAGUCGGAGGCCGUCAUCGACAGCCUCAUGCAGCAGAUCCCGCUCAUGUUCGCCGACACGCGGGAGACGGAGACCAUCCUGGCGCCCGCCAUCCAGGCCGGCCUCGAGGCGCUCAAGGCCUCAGAGUGUUCUGGAAAGCUGUUGGUAUUUCAUUCGUCACUGCCGAUAGCAGAAGCACCAGGCAAACUGAAGAACAGGGAUGACAGGAAACUCCUGGGUACCGAGAAAGAAAAAACAGUGCUAGCUCCACAGGUGAAUACUUACAACCACCUUGGCCAGGAGUGUGUUGGUACUGGCUGCUCUGUGGAUCUCUUUGUUUUCAACAACUCCUACGUUGAUCUCGCAACCAUUGGGCAGGUGUGUCGACUCACGGGCGGAGAAGUAUACAAAUAUACCUACUUCCAGGCCGACUUGGAUGGAGAACGGUUUAUAGAAGACUUGUCAAACAAUAUUAGUCGUCCAGUAGCAUUUGAUGCUAUCAUGCGGGUACGCACAUCUACAGGUGUCAGAGCUACAGAUUUCUAUGGCCAUUUGUACAUGCAAAACACUACAGACAUGGAACUGUGCAGCAUAGAUUGCAACAAGGCAGUGGCAAUCGAAGUCAAGCAUGAUGACAAGUUAACUGAGGAAGAUGGAGUCUACGUGCAAGUGGCUUUGUUGUACACGUCAUGUAGCGGCCAGCGUCGUCUGCGGAUAAUUAAUCUGUCUCUGAAGACGUGCGUGCAGAUGGCAGAUCUUUAUCGUAGCUGUGAUUUGGACACCAUCAUCAAUUUCUUUGCAAAACAAGCUAUACCCCGACUGCUGGAGUCCCCACCCAAGAUGGUGAAGGACAGCCUGGUGAACAGGUGCGCCAACAUGCUGGCGUGCUACCGCAAGAACUGUGCUAGCCCCUCGUCUGCCGGCCAGCUCAUCCUUCCAGAGUGCAUGAAGCUGCUGCCCCUGUACAUCAACUGCAUUCUGAAGAGUGAUGCGAUCUCUGGAGGAUCGGAUAUGACGAUCGACGACCGCUGGUUCGUGAUGCAAGCGUUGAGCAUUAUGGACAUACCGUCGUCUGUCGCCUAUUUCUACCCACGACUGUUGCCUCUUCUCGACGUCGACCCAGGCUCUGAUGAGAUUCCUUCACCAAUACGCUGCUCUUCGGAUAAGCUCACCGACGAUGGAGUUUAUCUCUUAGAAAAUGGAAUUCACAUGUUCAUAUGGAUUGGUCUGAAUGUUGAUGUGGAGUGGGUUCAGAACGUGUUUGGAGUACAUUCUGCCGCCCAGAUCGACAUAGACAAGACGGAACUGCCGAUCUUGGACAACCCCUUGUCCGAGCACAUCAGGAACAUGGUUCAGAAAAUCAGGGACCAGCGCCAUCGCUCGAUGAGGCUGACGCUGGUGCGACAAAGGGACAAGCUGGAGCUGGUGUUCAAGCACUUCCUGAUGGAGGACCGCGGCCUGGACGGCUCUCCGUCGUACGUCGACUUCCUCUGCCACAUGCACAAGGAGAUACGUGGCCUGCUGAGCUAGGGGCGCGACGCCCACCGGCCGGGCCGGUAAGGCAGUGCGCUCCGGGGCGGGUCACCGCGAGACGCUCGCGACGGGUCGGAGGACGUUGACUGCUUCCCGACAUCAUGGUAGAACCUCCAUUUUACAUUCCCCCCCGUCCACUCUUCUCUCCCUCGAUUGUGUUUUGUUGUUUUGGUUUUUUUAUAUCUAAGAAACUCUCAGCUGCACAGUUAGGUACACCUCAUCGCCUGUCUUGUGUCUUACAAAGUUCCACGAAAUAGCGGGUAUUAUUGGCUCUUGUGUCCUGUCUUAAAAUACGUGCACUGAAAAAAUGAAAUUUAAUAACAAAAUAUCCUCUCAUCCACAGUAAAAAAAAAAUCCUUUCAGCAUACUACGUACAUAAUGCAUUCAGUUCCUGUUGUUCGUGCCUUUUUUUUGUGGGGUUUUUUAAGGUGCAGGUUCAUUAAGAAUUAGUUUAAGACUCCAUACUUAUAAAUUGUGUAAUUAUCUGGUGUUGAGAUCGAACCCAUGACCCUAGCUAAAAUAGUGCUGUGUGUUGGCUAUCAAGGCCAGUGAGGAUCGGACAUGAUUUAUAUAUCUAAAAAAUACAGCUUCCCCAAGUUUUAAUUUUCAUUUUUUUAAUAUGUUUUUCUAUGGUUUAUUUUUGUCAUACUAUGUAAACAAAACAUCUAUCUAGACAUUGCACAGCAUACUCGUUUUACGAAACAAUUUUUUAGUAGUGUAAUGAACUUUUCUAAAUUUAUGCAGUUUAAAUUCUCUGCUGCAGCAAUGUUUUGUUGAUCACAGCUCUUCUUACAUAGCCAAUGCAUUUCAUAAGAGUAGCAAUUUAUUAUGUAAUUAGAGAAGUUUAAAAUAUCUCAAGCAUGUAAUGCAUUCUUUUUUUUUAUUAAUUAAAUAAUAAGAAAUAUAAUCCAUAACAUAUUUUCUCCAUUUUUAAUUACGUAUAUGUCCAGUUUUUAAAAGAACAUACCUAAAAAGUUCAAACGUGUGUAUAUAGUGCUUGAGAGGUAGGUUUUGAGGAAAGGAUGUAGAAUUGAGUUUCUCUUCAUUGACUCUUUUCCCUUUUUUACACCUGGUUUUCUCUGUUGCUUGAAAUAUGUAAAAUAGGGGUUCUACUAUACUAACUCAAUUUUUUCCUUCACAGAAUUAUCACAUAGACAGUAACAUAGCUGCGUUGUGUUAUAUACAGCUUUUUUUAUUUUUAAGAUUUAUAUCAAAUGUGAAAAUGGUAUUUGUGAAGUUAUGUAUGUAUGAAUAUUUAUACAAUAAUUCGGACUGUAGGAUAUUAUUAAAACAUAUUUUUUCCUUUCCUGGUUAUUUAGUUUUGGAAUUUUAGUAAAUUUAGUAUCCUUAACCACAUAGUUAUUGUUUGUCAAAAGAUAUUUACCACACUGAUGGGUCCAAGUUGUAAAACUCAAAUUUAUUUUACAGCUUAUAACUACUCAUGUAGAGUUUCAAAACAUCAGGUUUAAAUUUGAGUGUGUACUUUGAGCUGUUCUUCCUAGAGAAUUCUGUACUCUAUGAAUUAUACUAUUAUAUUGACUCCCAUAUGUAACAACACAUUAAAUUGUGCUGUGACCAUAAAUGUUAUGAACAACAUGCAACUUCAAAAGCAAGAGCAGAUUUAGAGGCAGAAAUGCCUGUAGAAUGUUGCCUCUGGAAAUUUCCAACUCAUCUUUAUUUGAAGAAGUAUGAUCAUUGUUUCAACAUCAUGAAGUCAUUCAAAUUUUUUUUGAAUGAUGUACAAUAAUUGUAAAACAUAAUUUUAUGCACACACAAUGUAUAAAGUUACUAUGAUAUUGUAAACAGUCAAAUGGGUUCUUUUUAAUUAUGUGUUCAGUAUUCCAAUAAAACAGCAUUGAAAUAUUUACAAAAUGUUGGCAAACACGUCAGCAAACAUGAUGCUUGAAACAUUUUUAAAAAGGCUUUGUUGAAUGUGAAUCUCUGAUUGGGGGAUCUUUUAAGAUUACUUUUUGCACAUGUAAUGUAUGUCUGUGUUACACUAUGAAUAUCAAAAUCAUAAUGAUUGUUUCAUAACUGUCAUCUAGGAUGGUUUUCCUUUUCAGUCUUCUACCAGUCUGUGUGGAACACAAAGUUCUUGAGUACUUAUCUCUCGUUAUUUUUAUUUCUUUGGUCUCAUGUGACUUAAUACAAAGGCAACUCAAUUAUGAAAUUGUACAUAACAGUUCCACUAGUACUCCUAGCAUUCAUAUUACAUGUUGCAUCAGAAAUACCGUAUAUAAUCGCAUAAUGUCCGCACAUUUCUUUUUAAAUACUUGGAAUGGAAUUUUUUAAAAUCUGCAUAAAGUCCGCACCAGACAAAGCAAAUGUAAAUUUUUCAACAUGUUUAUCUAACAUCAGGUUUGCUGAGAGGAUUUAAUUUUGUUUUCAUGUAAGAUAUGAUACGCAACGUAAAGAAAACGUCAGCUGUAACAGAAUGGACAUACAUAAAUUCUUACAUGUCAGGAAGACAAGGCUCUGCUUUUUUUUUGUUAAAAAUUCCUGCUCAGCCUUUUCCACGCUCUGCACUCCUUCCCCCGCUUCUGUCAAGCAGGGCAGGAGGGAACUCGCAUGCACAGACGUCUGCCGGUAAAUUUUUUUAUACACACAGUAGGCAAGGGACAGGGAGGGAGGCUCGCCGGCGCCAGCUAAUGCAGACAUUAUACAUCUGCCCCGUGCCGUUAGUGGCCAUCUCAAUGAAAGAUUUAAAAAAAAAAUAUCUUUUCACGCAAAGCGUUUAUUUUGUGUGGCUGGCUGCGGCUUCUGAACGUAAGAGCGCGCACGCCAGUGAGAGAAGAAAAAAAAAUGAGUGGCGUCUUCCACUAAUCACCGGCACCCAAUUAUCUCGACACCUGUCACAUUUCUCACGUCUGCUGCGGAGGGUCGCCAGUCACCAGCGCUCUGCGAAGUAGUGUGCCGCCGUUAAUAUUUUUCAACUGAGCCGAGGGAAGAGUGGCAAUUUUACGAAGCAGCGAUUUUACUAAUGCAAUCCGCGGAACCGUGCGCAUACGUAAAAUCAGGGUACUAGUAAACUAAUUAUGAGAGAAAAAAUUUUUUACUGUACACAAAACAUGUAAAAUUUUGAGGAAAAAAAUUUUUUUUUGGACUUCACCUCAUAGUGUCCGCACCCCAUUUUUUUUGUCAAAAAUGUAGCCAAAUUACUGCGGACAUUAUGCGAGUAAACACGGUAAUUCAUUAACUUUCAUUCACAGAGCACACACAGGGAAUUGGCCUGUGGGUGGGUAAAAUUGCACCAUUUUGCAGUCUUCUUUUUCCAGCUUCAACACUAAACCUUACUCCAACCUUUAUUACGCUUAAGAGGCCUGCAAAUUACUGCUGGUUGAGGGACCUGCAGGCUACACUUGAUGACACUCUGUUAAUCAUUUUGUUCAUUGCGUACUUUCAUUGAAAGAAGAUAUUCAUUCUUGAAUGACGUGAAAGUGUUUCGACCGUUGAGUUUCUUUUGAUUUUUUUUUAUCUGUUACAAUGAAUUUUAAGCACAUCAAAACACUGGAGCUCAAUUGAAGUUGUUGCAAAAACAUUAAUUCAUACUUAAACGUGUGGUUAAGGGAGUCCUAAGACUCCAGGUCUCUUUCAGUGGAUGUGUAAAGAAACAUUACUGCUAUAGAAGAUGAAUGGCAUGUUUGCAAAUGUAUACUUUUAGUUGCCAGUUAGUAGUUGCAUGUAGGAAUCACGUGUUAUAACUGCCUCUCGUUGGGACAUUUUUUUUUAUCCAUGUUACUAUACCAUAGAUCAUUUAGCAACCUAGUACGUAUUGUUCUCAACUUGUCUGUUUUUUAACAUGAAAAUAAGCGCCAUUGCAUCUGUCAUGAAUUCAGUUAAUUUUUCAGUACUCUUAGAUUCCUAGAUUCUAAGGAAGUACUUAAAUUUACCUCAAACAAUACCUACUUACAACAUAUCCUGUAGUUACUCGGACAUUCUACAGAAAAACAAUAACAAUCGGGUUGCACUGAACUAACCCUGCAUGGCAGCUAUUGGCAUAACUUAUUAAAACACUGUUGAACACAAUUUAGUUGCUAGUUUACUAAAUAAAACUGUCAUAUUUUCAUCAGAUUUCAGUCUGAAAUUGCUGAUAAACAGGUCCAAUCAAGUUACACAGAAUUAUUGUUGAUUCAUUAGAUAUAUAUAUUACAGCUAGCAUGCGAUAAGGUAGAACUGAAUCAUCAUCAAAAGACUUCUGAGUGAGAAAAAAAAAACUAAAAUUAUUAUUGAGAUCUCACGUCAAAAUGCAAAAAUGAGAAUUAUAUUAAAUGAAUUUAAGCACAAUUUAAUAUUAUGAAUUAAAAAUUCAUAUUCAUCCAAACAAGUGGUCAAGUCAAGAAGGCAACUAUGAACUCUAAUGUAAAUCUUUCAUUAUAAUUAAACAUAUAAUUCACUUACACAUACUGCACACACAGAUGGUCAUCAUUCAAAAUACACUUUCAGUCCUCUGAUUCAAUUGAAUCUACCUUCAUGUACUAGUCAACAGUUGUUCAGCAGACAUAAAUGAAAUGUAAUUCGCUACUGAAGUCUCUCGGAAGAAUAUCUAUUCGCCACUCCGCAACCUCACCUAAAGUUCAUCUCACUCAAGACUUCUCAAACUCGAAGACACAAUAGAGCACAGUGUCUAGUCUCUCUGCGCUUAAUCGACUUUGAAUUCUAAAUUGUAGUUAUUGAACCCGAAGUUCAUCAAAACCAUGCAUCACAUGUAAAUCAUUGAAAAUACAAAUAACUAGUGAAUAUAUGCCAUAAAUAUGUCUUAAUUCAGUAUAAAAUUAAAUUUACUCAUUACCUAAAUUAAAACAUGUUUCCUCUCGUAGCUGAUUUAGAACAAACUUCCAUUCCAAAUAAAAACCAAAUAAAUUAUGCACAAAACAGAACUAUUGUUUUAACACAACAGGUUACAACAACAGAAAUACUUCUUCAACUUAAACUGUAAUUUCAUACUUAAUGCUAUAAUAUUACAAAGACAUGGCAAUUAUGUUUCUGAGAGAGUUUACUCUUACAACUUUCUUGUUUUUAUGCAUUUUUCCUCAUAUUUACAUUACAGUGGAAUCUUGUUAGCUUGGGAUCUUAGUUUCUUUAGUCUAGUGCUUCCAAAUACAUUUUUCAUGUGGUUUAUUUCACCGACUUAAGAUGGUGCAUGUAUUUUACUUUUUUUUUUAGUUAAGUAAAGUAAUGUUAUAUACAAUAAAUGUGAACUAAAAGAGUUGUUACCACAUACUGCAAUAAAACACUUGAUUUCAAUAUUUACUAUUUAUACUAUGUAUAUCUAUACAUGAUAAAACUGUAACAAAGUAUUGGCUAUUCAUGGAAUAUAUUUUAAAAAUAGUUGUGAUAGAUUUGCUAGCAAGAAAUCAUAUAAAGGUCCCAAAAAGCAUUUUUUUUUUAAAUUUUUUGGUCAAUUUUUUACAACAUUACACAAUUAAUGUUCAAUGGAUUGCUAUAAAAUUUAGGAUGUCGUCAAAUACAUGAUGAAUUCAUGAAGUAGCAUUUAGGACAUUUUCUAUCUAGAUAAGUUUUAUUGUACACACACACACCUUUGUUUUGGCAGGAAUCACUUGAAAUCUAAUAUGCAAGAAUGAAGUUGUACUAACUCAAUACUACAUAUGUAGUCAUUUAUUGAAGCUGAUUUUAUUGUAUUAGGGUUUUUACAUGUCACUCUAAAUACUAUAGCUAUUUUUGUGUAAUGUCAAUAUUCUGUACUAGAUUAUCAAAGAUUAGUGAUGGGUCGAUUCCGAUUCCGGAAUCGGUCGGUUCCACCGAUUCCACUGGAAUCGUGGGAUUCAGAAUACAAUGGUUUUGGAAUCGACCAUGACCGAUUCCUGCAUUGUUUUUAAGUUUGCAAAAUACAUAAUCUACGCAACGUAAGAAAAUAUUAAAAUGCAUGCAAAUAUAAUUUUUAAAACUACAUAAUACAAUCUUUUUUUACGGAACUGAUUUACGAAUUACGGUGAUUAACGUAUUUAUUUACUUGCACCGCCAUUUUCCCUACUGUACAAAUGCAGUAUCUACUUUCCCACUUUAAGCGAAAGCAUUUUUAGGAAAUUACGUUGCAGCAGCACUGCAUUUAAUAGCAAACCUUCAAAAAUAAUUAGACAAAACCAUAAAUGUUUAAAGAAAAUUAUGUAAAUGUAAACGGCAAAUAAUGUAAACGUUAACUAUUUGAUCAUGGCAGCUACAUUUGCCAUUGUAAACAAUCUAAUUUUUUUUUGUGCUACCUGCCAUGGUAAACCAUACGGCCAUGAACAAAAUCUUUGGUGACGUGAACGUGAACAUCUCUACACAUUAAACUUUAAAGAAUUAAAAUGAAAUAAUUUUUGAAUGAAAUUUUACCCAAAUUCACAGUGGAUUAUUGCAACCAUAUUAAAAUAAGUUUAAAAGCAACAUAACCAAAUUGCUUUAAAUCGGCGUUCUUGUGCGUGUUAAGCGAUGCUCGUUUUACGUUAGAUAUAUUUUGGAAAGGCAGUUGGCAAGUCUGAAUUUCCAAACAUUGCUGCGGAAACGUUCGUAAAUUUUUAUUACCAAACGGCAAACAUAAACAAUCUUUUGAAAGUAGUUGUGUUAGUUUAACAGAAUUGUUUCCGAUAAAUUUCUGAAAUGAAUUAAAUGUUAACACGCAAUUAUUUGAAGAGUUUAAAUAUUUUGUGUAAGAAAAUCUCACCAUAAAAUGUGAAAAUUUUGAGAUGCUAAAAAUUGCACAGAACUUUCUUACUCAAGAACCGAAAAUUUAUUUUCUCUUUACGAUUGUGAGGAACUGCAAGACUGGAUGGAUUUAUUCUUUUCACCAAGUGAGAUAAUUAAGUUCUAGAUAAUAUAUUAAAACGUAAGCAUCUCUGACAUUUUAUUUUAGUGUGGUGCAUAUUUGUUUGUCAUUUCCAUCAUAAUGAGAUAAUAAAGUAUUAUUUUUACAUUUCCCUUUUUUAUUUUUUUUUCGCCAUGGUCCCUUGAAAUAUGUAUAAACGAGGUUAUAUUGACAUUUUAUUUGGAUCAUUAUUUAGUUGUGCUUGAAAAUAAAAUUCUUAACCUAACCGUACAAACCCUCUUUUUUUACAAUUAAUUAAUUGAGUUGAUAAUGUAAGGUAUCUAAAGUUUGUUAAGUUAUAACAUUAUUUACAAUUUAAGUCAUUAGACAUCUUUGAUUAUUGGCAGUGUUUGAACACGUGUUUCGUCUAACUAUAUGCAAGGUUAAAAGGCCAAAUUGUGCUAGAAAUACAAGGUAGCGUAACUUGAUGGUAAUGAACAUACUUUUUAACAUUAUAUAAGCUGUAUAUAAUGUUAAUUUCUGCACAGAAAAUGGAACACAACAUAAUUACAUUUUUAAAAUCAUAAACAACCUUUUUUUUCUUAGUAUAUUAAUCUGUUGAACAUUGUCAGAUAAAAAUUAAGGAAUCGGAAUCGGAUUCGAAGAAUCAAUCCUUUAAUUUAAGAAUCGAAAAUGGAAUCGGAAUCGGUAUAUUUUAGGAAUCGGCCCAACACUAUCAAAGAUAAUUCAAAAUAUAACCUUGAACACAUUCGUGUUGCUCUACUGGCUGGUCUAGGGGUUGAGGAUUCUUGUCCCAUUUUGGGCAUGGAUGUUUCAGAAUCAGUUUGUAAGCAGUCCUCUUCAUUAAGCCUCCUGGCUUAAAGUGAGCACAAUCUCAUUCUCUGAAAUAAAUAACUACCCAGUGACAAUGUUUGAAUUGCUGUAAUAUCCAUUUGUUUGUGAUAAUCAAGGUUACCAUCAUCUUAUUUGUUCCGAUAAAUAAUAUUGACCUUCAAUAAUAUUUCACAUUGAAAAUUUGGUGUGUUUUAAGUGUAUUUACUAUUUAGCUAUGAAGCAAGCAGGAAAAAUUUGGACAUAUUCAAAAUACUGCAUUUAUAUUUUGUUUUUUAUAAAUUAUAAUGCAAAUAAUUUCUUUCUCUUAAUUUUGGCUUGGGGGGGAAAAUGGAAGAGGGUCUUUUUUUUGUGACACAUUUGACUUUAAUUCGUAGAGUAAGUUAAAAAAAAAUUAAAUCAGGGGAAUUAUAUUUUACAAUAAUACAUAUUUGAUUAGGUUUUUACAUUAUCUAAUCAUACUCUGAGAUCCUUUUUUUUAAUCACGUAACAAAAAUUAAAUAAAUGGUACAAAAAUUGUGGGGGGGGGGGGGGGGGGGGGCUAUAAUAUAUUAAUUGUGCACAUGUCUACAAAAGUAUUUUUAAGAUACAGGUAACAUGGUAAAAUAAAGGGUUCUUCUCCUGUACAAAGUCCAAAGACCUUGGUACACUGUGGUACACUGAUUAUAGUGAAUUCAAAUACCAGUAGCACACAGUGCUCGUUUCUUGAGCUAUAUUACAACGGGUGUUGCUGGUGCCAGUCAAGUAAAGUAUAUGCCCAGUUAGUCCUGCAAUUAAGCGUGGUAAACAUUUUUUGGUUGUUUUUGCACUAAGACUUACUUCCCUUUUGCUCAAAUGCACUAGUAGGUUUACGAAAUUAUAUCCUAAUUGUUUUUAAAGUUUAUAGUUAAUUUUUAAUUGAACAAUUGUCAAGUUAGUGCAUUGGAAUUUAAAUGUGAUCAGUAAUUUAGAACCAUUCCACUUAUAAAUACAAUACUAAUAUUUGAUUAAUUCUGAUGGGAAUGUUAAAUUCUGUGGCAUGUUCUAUGGAAUGACUUGUGUCUGUGUAUAUAUUGCAGUGAUUGAUGUAUGAGGUUUUCCUGUUGCAUAAUACAUACUAUGUUAUUUCUUUACAUACUGUGAAAAUAAAUUUUAUUUUAUUUUAUGCAUGGUUUUUUUUAGCUGUGUAUUUGAUGUUUAUUGGAAUUAUUGUUAUUUAAUGUUUCUUAGAAUAAGUUUUUUCCUGCUAACUUGCUGCAGAUAACACCACCUCCUAUUUUCAUUGAAAAUGUGUUGUUCUAGAGUAAAUUGCGAACUUUUUUCCAGGUUGUAGUUUUAAAAAUAAGAAGGAAUGCUAAGACUUUUUGUGUACUUCUGUUGAAAUGAAAUAAAAUGUGGAUAAUUAUAUUUAUAUAUACAUAACCAUAAAAAAAUUUGUAUGGUUUGUAUUUUUUUUAUUUUAUAUCAGUUAUUUGUAUGUCUCUACCAUAAGUGCGUUUUGUAUCGGCCACAAUUAUUCAUUUAAAUAUUGUUUUUCUUGAAUAUUGUCCGUCGAAACCCACACCAAUAGGCAACCGAAGCUUGUGUAUGUAGAUACACUUUGUCAUUAAAGCAUGAGGGAAUGGGAUGGAACCAAAUAGUAGAAUUGGUUUAACCCAAGCUACAAGAUGACUGUUACCAUAUUCUUCACAACCUGGAUUGUGCCAUGAAAUACACGUAUUUUCUGUAAAACAUUGUGAGCUUGUAGGUAUAUUAGCUUGCUAGCUAAUAAAUAACCACUGGUUUUGCUUGCGCAUUUUCAGGGUAUUACUGAUAUAUUCACAUUGAAAGAAAAGUAUGUGAUUAAUUCCAAAUAUUUUUAAUAAAGAAAUAAAUACAACAAAUUUUCAGGUACAUAAAAUAUUUAAUUCAUAACAAAAUCAUUUAAGAAUGAUUUUCUUUUUGUUAUGCAUACACUUUUUUAAUUUUUUAGUAUUGAUUAAGUAUCUGAUAUUAUAACUUCAUUUUAAUGUGUUCAAGGGUAAAUUUUACCUUGCUAAAAAAAACUUAUCUCUUUUUCAUUUCAUAAGGAAGGCAAUUUAAACAAUUGUUAAACCCACUCUAUUUAAUUUUAAUUAAGUUUAUGCCAUCAUUUACACUAAAACUUUAAUUUAUUAUGGUUAAAGCUAUGCUUGGAAUAAUUAAAUAGUUAAUCUUAUUACAAAUAUAUCCACUAUUUGAAGAUAUUUGAUACCGUUGCAUCUUUAUUUUAAAAUGUAAAGUACAGAGAUCAAAUGUAUUAUGUAACGUAUUAGUUAUUUCUUAGUUAUGCUUAGUAUUAAUAAAAAAAAUCCCUAAUUUUUUACUCCUCUUUUCCCAUAAGGAUGCCUAUGUACAAAUUCAGAACUUAGUCAAUACUAUGAUGAUAUGCUAUAACAAAAAAACAAAACUCUUUUUUUUUUUUACUGCAAAUGAAAAUUCCUAAUUAUAAUAAACUUAUAAUUUUUUUUUAAUUUAAAUUUAUCUUGCCAAUAUUAAUUUAGUGGAUUCCGUAAAUUUUUUUUUUUUAAUUUUUUUAAAUUGUAAUAAUCACCCCUGUUGCAACUUAAGGUGUCGUGUGGUAUUUCAGACAAUGUUGAAUAAGAGAAGGUAGCUUAAGAUAUGUUUAUUAAUUAUUUUCAAUGUCUUAAAUUAAGUUUUAUUUGAUCAGAAAUUUUUUUUUAUGUUAAAACAUAUUUACAAUUUUUCACCCCCUUAAUUCCUUAAGUUAUAUAAAUUAUGUAAGUUCAGAACGUAGUAAAAAAAGAGUUUGUAAAUUUUGUAUGCGUAUAAAUCAUACCACAUAACGUACAUCCUGCUUGAUUAGCUUCAGAGUUAACUCUUUAAUAAAAAAAAAUUGACAGCCUUUUCACCUCUUUUGCAGUGAAUAUAGAAAAAUCGUAAAGGUAAAAAUCAUGCUAUUAAAUCAUCAUAAUGUAGGUACAUUAUUCUUGCUUUUUUUCUUACCUCCCUCUCGAUUUUCUUGGAUAUUUUAUUAAUUACUAUAAAAACUAACUGCCUUUGGUGUCGAAUAUUGAAAAUGGUAAAAGCACCCUAUGUAUUGUUUCAGUUAUUCAUGUGUAGUUUCUUACAUCCAGCUUUUUGCUAUGAAGAUAUGAGUUUUUUUUUUAAUGAUAAAACCAAACUUACACCCUUUUCACACUGUUAAAAUCAAAAUCUGGAACAUUGAAAAAAUACAAUUCAAAACUCUACAUCCUUGUUGUUCAUUCUUAAUUUCUUACCCUUAGAUCUAGUAGAUUCAGAAAUAAGCUGUUUUUUCUUUAAACAAAACAUAACCCUUUUAUAUCCUUUUUGCAGAAUCUUGCAACGUAGUAAAAAAUAAUUUGUAGUUUAUUAUUUUUACCAAGUAAUUUACGUCUUGCUUUAUUAGUUUUGAAGAUACAAUUUUUUUUUUAAAAUAAAUAAAUACAUACCUCCUUUUCACCCCCUUAAAAGAUGGACUUCAAUAAAUGUAAAAAAUAUACUACUAUAUGUAACUAGAUGCAAGUUUUUCUUCUUAGUUUCUUUCUUGUAAUUCUAAUUGAAUCGGAAGUGUUCAUUUUUAGUUUUAAAAGCAUUCCUACCCCUUUUACCCCCGUUGGGAUUUAAAUUUUAUAAAAUGGCGCAUUUGUGGUUGGUAUUUUUCAUUUGUUAAUUAUAAUAUGAAUUUCGCAAAGUUGUUAAGUUGUAAUUGUUAGUUUUCGUUUCUUUAUUAUUGGUACCCAAUAUAUUUUACUAUUGAUGAUUAGAUUUGGAGUUACAAUUAUUUAAUUUAAAACCAUAUUCACCCCUUGAAUUUUGUAAGAUGGUACAGUUGUGGUUGGUGGUUUUUGUAUACUAAUUAUUGGUCUCCAGUAUCUUUUACUAUGCUUAAUUAAAUUCAGAGAUGUAAUUAUUAUUCUUAAAACCAUGUUGCACCUUUUUCACGUUGGUAGUUUUAUUGAUACUCAACAUCUUUUCUUAUGCUUGAUUAGUUUUAGAGAUAUAAUUAAUAAUCUUGAAACAAUAUUUACCCCUUUUUCACCCACUUAGGGGUGAAUUCUUUAAUUAUAUAUAGCCUAGUUUUUAAGUUAGCCAAAGACCUUUGUAAUUAAAAAAAAUAUUUAUCAAAUUCCAUCAAUUAGUUUUUGAUUGAUUCUGGAACAAACAAACAAAAUAUAAAAAACUAUAUUUACGAGUUAUCAAUAUUGUAAAUAGCUAUUUCCAAUAGUUUGUUUCAUAAUUUUAUCUAAUGUACGGACUUCUUUACCUCUAACAGUUUUAUUCUUAGUAUAGAUUACAGUAAAUCUCUGUUCAGAAGUUUCUCAAGUCACUUAUAAAUUCAGAUUUAUUAACAGGGAAAACUUAUUAUGCAGGAAAUUUUUUAAGUAGAAUUUUUUAAGAGGGUUUUACUGUAGGUUAUAAAUGUUAGGCAGAUAUUUAGGCUUUUAAGCUCUUAAAGCAGUAAUCGAGUAGCCAACAAAAUUGUUGAAAAAAUUCUUCAACUCGGCAUGCAGAAAAGUGAGUGUUAAAACUUUACAGUUGGGCAUAAGUUUUUGAAAUUAAACUUCUUCGGUGAGGGGACUACAAUUUUCGAGUGUUAUGAAUAAUCUGAUUGCAUGAGGAGAAUAGUUAGAUAAUGAUGGGGGAACCAGAAGAGGAGGAGAGUGCGUCAGCUAUGACGCCACUCCAAUGCAUGCACUAGCGGAAUGGGAAUGGUUUUGGGGGGGGGGGGGGGGAGUAGGUACAUAACGUAGCAUGGUAUAUGCCAGUUGUAACGGCCAGGAGGGGAGACUGCAGGGGAGAUAUGGAAUUCUCGUAACGCUGCUUGUUUUAGUCAACUCCUCAGUUUUUUUCUUUCUUUUCAUUUGAGAUCAUACCCACAUCCUUACUAUUUUCAAUUAUUAUCUGUGGUUCAAUAAAAAUAUACUAAUAAUUUAUCCCUACCUAUACCUAAUAGAUAAGAAUUUUCACUUCUGUCACACGACUCUAUGCACAUGCUUUUUUUUAUUUCUGUAUUGUGCUGAAUUUAUUGUACUAUGUGACAUUUGUGCUGUGUACAGCAAAACUCUGUUAAUAUGAUUUUCAAGAGACUUGUUUCUAACGAAAGGAAAGUAUUGUGUUCAUUUAUUUCCUAUGAGUUCUUAGUAUAAACUCUACUAAAUUUACUAGUGCAAACAUUAUUCUAUAGUGAAAAAUAUUUAAAUAUUACAAUUAACAGUUUUAAACUUCCGCUAAGAAAAAUUUUCACAGUACAUUUAAGAGUAAUGCUGGCCUGGGCUGUCUUUCAUCUCUCUUUGCUGCAGCUUAUCAAAUUAUUUUGAAAUUUAUAUCGUUAUUAACAUUGCCAAACAUUUCUAAUUGAAAAUGCCCUUUUUUGAUGGUGUCUUUUGAAGUGAUAAUCCUUAAACUUUUAGUGGACAGGGUUCUUGAAACCUAUACAGGCGUUACUUUCCAUAAACAAAAAAUUGAUAACAGUACUAAAUAUGUAGUGUUCUGUGUGGAUCUUGAUAUAGAAAUGGGUAGUUCGUAGUUUACUCAGUAAAGAAAUAUAUGGGCACCAGAGGAGAAACUGCGUUUACAUGAAUUUUGGUUCGGUGCUUAAUAACCGAAUAUCAUCGAACAGACACAUUUGAUAUUUAACCAUGAUGCUAGCCAGUACUAUUACACACUUACUGUUAUGUCAUGCAACAUAUUGUGGUUAAAAAAAGUAAAAAAGUCUUUAGAAUGUAAUUUACUCAUUGUUCUAUAUUUUCAUGAUUAACUGUUUUGUAUUAUUUAAUUUUAUUUAUGUUUUUACACAGGGACAUUACAGAUUUUACACAGAAAGUGAAAUCUUAUUGCAACUCAUGACAACUAACCAGAUACUUGGCACACAUCACAUGGAGAAAAUUACAUUAAUGGAACUUUUAUAAACAUUUUAGCAGUGAGCACAAGUUGUUAAAUGAAAUAUUUUGUAUUUUUAUAAAAAUUUCUGAGGUAUGUGUAAUUUUUUUUAGCUUAGCAUGACUAGGUAAUUUUAUUCCUCCUCAAAACUUUUGUGGUAUAUACAUAUUCUUUAGAUGUUAGUUUGGUUACAGUUAGUGGCUAGAGCACUCAAACAGUUUUGUUGAUUGUUCCAAAAGGCACCUUUGCUCCUUCACAGGUCCUUGCGGGCCUUUGAUUAUGAUUCUCUCAUAAGUGGUGCCCUCUCUUAUCUUCACUCCCAUAAAGUUAUUACCAUAACCAGUUUGUUUUUUGCAGGUCAAAAAGUUAGUUGCCAUUUUGAAUUUUCAGUAUACUUAAAUUAAAAUUCAAUAUUUUCGUAAUUUGACUUUUUAAGUUGAGUUGCACGUUGAAUAUAGUUUCUGUGUCUGUCAGCAGUGUGUGCUGCAAAUACAAGGUGUUCAUAAAAGAAUGUCCCAGUUUCAAUGGUACAUAAUAAAAGUUUAAUUUAGACUAUUUACAACAAAUCAUAUAUCAAAUUGAAGGUAAACUAACCUAGUUUUUCUAUAAAUGUUCAAUAUGUGUACCUUUAGUUGUAUGGCACAAAUCCAACCUAAAGUCCAAUUCUUCCCACACUUUCGUUAACACGUCCGGAGUAAUAGAAAGCCUCCUCAAAUCUGUGUCUCAUUUCUGGUAAAUCAUUAGGUAGCAGCGGAACGUAGACACAAUCUUUAAUAAAGUCCUAAAAAAAUAUUGCAUGGCGUAAUGUAAUGUGAUCUUGGAAGCCAGCGAAAAAGAGCUGUGUCUUCUUGACCAUUACGACCAAUCCAACGGUCAGGUACUUUGAUGUUCAACCACUCUCGUACAAAGAGAUUCCAAUGGGGAGGGGCUCCAUCCUGUUGCCAGAUAAAGUUUACUGUAUCAUCCUCUACUAAUUGGGGAAAGAGCCAUUCUUUUAACAUAUCCAGAUAAGCCACCCUUGUUAACGGUAGCUUCAGCGAAACAAAAUGGUCUGUACACUUGUUGUCGGGACACACCUGUAGAAAACGUUAAAUUUUGUGAAUUUCUUUGGUGUGCUACAAGUUCAUGAGGAUGUUCAGACCCCCCGGAUAACAAACAUUAUGAGUAUUUACCUACCCACUUAAUGAAAAGUUGCAUUUCUGAACACCACACGAUCAAGAAAGUCAUCUGACUUUAAAGCAUGUAGCAACUGUAAAUGUGUUUUUAAAAUCUUCCACACGGGCGUCUUUGGCUACUGAAGUUACAGACUUGCUUUCCGAACAGAUUCCUUAUGACUACGCAGGUAAGAUGUUCUGACACGGUCAGCAUCCUGUACAGACACUUUUGGUUGUCCCGUGCUUUUCCCUUUACAAACACAUACAAUUGUUUCAAAUUACCCAUACCAUCAGCAGAUGAACACAAAAUGCUUUAUGCUCAGGAGUCGCCAUUUUGCGUAGGUGGCGCUGCAAGCGAGAAAACAACAAAACCGUACUCGUGCAUGCGCUUAUCUAAAACUGUUUUAGUUACUUUUUAAUUGUACCUUGAACCAAAACUCUACAACUCUUACAGUUGAUACUUUAAAAUUUAUGACUGGGAUAUUCUUUUAUGGACUUGCUGUAUUAAAGCAUUUUAAGUCUCCAGGAGAAAAUAACACCUUCAGGCAGUCUUUUGAGUUACUGCCUAUGCCUUCUCACAACUAAAUUUUAUAAAGAUGUCUUAAACAUUGAUUUAUUUAGUGUCACUUUUAAUUUUAUCUCUUAAACAUAGUUAGAAUCAAAUAAACAGCUCAACCUGAAGUGUUUUACUAGUGAUGGUGAGAUUAUAAUUUUCUUGAAUCCGAAUCUCUAAGAGUAUCUCGAAUUUCCCCCUUGAAUCCGAAUCUUGGUCUCGAUGGUUAAAAAAGUAAUAAUGUACAAUAAAUUUUAAAAAGUAGAUAUGGGGUUAAAAAAAUUCAACCCUUUAAAUGUUUAUUUCAGGAUUAAAAUUCCAGAAUCAAUACAUACUGUAAUUUUAUUUGCAUAGUUUCAUAUUAAAGUACAAUAUUUUGGGGAACAGUAUUAGGAUAGGUAGACUUUCUUAAACUUCAGUGUGUCAGUAUUGAAUUUUUUAAUUUAUUACAUUUCUUUCAAUAUUUUUCUUUGAAUCUUUUUUCUUGAAUCUCAAAUCUUUCAAAUAGGAUAACAUCGUAGGGUUCAAUGAUUCAUCCAGCCCAUUCUAUUAUUUUAACUAAAUAUUAGUCCUAAUGGUUUUGCAAUAUAUAUGUAUAUUUAUAUAUGUACACCUUUGAAGCAUUGAGUAUAUUGUAUAAUUAAUUCUUCAAACAAUUGAUUUUAUACUGAGUGUUGAAUCAUUAAUGCUAUGUUAAUGUCAGAUUUUCUUGUGCUACUAAAGACAUGAAAAAUAUUUUGUAAAAUAUGAUAAGUAAGAGGUGUAGUCUUGUCAUUUUUAUCAGGCAUCCUUGAACUAACGCAUCUUAUGGAUAAAUGGUCCUGUAAUAUUUCAGUCAGAGAAAAAUGUUGUAUAGAAUAAGGUAACUGGUGUCAAUCAUCAUUUUAAGUAUGCAUCUUGACACGUGUGAUGUUUAAGGUAUGUUGUGUGACUGAUGUCAGACUGGGUUUGCAUUUUUGUUCUCUGAAGAAUACUCUUCGUAAAUCUGAGACAGUGAAUUGUAAUGUAGUGGUUGUAUAUCGGAUGUCACCAGCUUCUUAAAAUUCACUACAAGAAGAUUUUGCCUCAAACUGCCUGUUCUGAUGUCAAACAGACUUCCUAAAUGAUUCAUUGGGCAAUUUCUUUUUAUCAUUACUUUUGAUUUUUGAGCAACUUUCACCUUCUAAAGGAUCCAAAGGAUCUAAGGUUGUGGUACAAUUUAUUUGUUUUAUUAUACCCAGUGUAGAGUGUGAUGAAGUAUAAGUAUGGCAUUCAAUAUGGGUGUUAGUUAUUAAAAUAAUGUUUAUUCAUUACAUAUUGUCUAAAAACAAUUUUUUUUUUGUGUGUCAUAGUUAAUUCAAGGGAUUCUAAUACAAUCUUAAAUAUGGUCAUUAGAACUAAUUUCCAUUCUGUUAGUAAUGUACCUAUGUUAAAUAUUCAGAUUUUUAUACUUAGAGAUACUUAUCUCUGCAUGAUUAUUUACAUCUUGUGAAGAUGUUAUAAUUUUUCAAGGUGCUAAAGGUUGUGUACGACGUGAAUGACUUCAUUAUAACAAGCAGAAUGUGUAAAUACUAGUGUGUUCAUAAAAUUUUGAGUUUUAAAGUAUUUGUACAUAGCUAACUGAAUUACAUAUUUAUACGGUAAGAUGCAGAUUGUAGCCAUGGAAAUGCCUAGUACCAUACUUAAUAGACUUUUUUGUUACCUUGUAGAUAAUUCACAUAUGGAUGUUGCCAAACCUAUAUGAAGUUUUACUUAUAGUUUACAGUUAGACUAUAUAAACUAACAAAACUUAUGGUGUGAUUUGGAACAAACAUUACUAACGGCAUCUAAUUUUUUUAUAGUUUAAAAGAAUAAUUGUUUUGCUAUGAAUAAUUUUUAUGUGGUAAAGAAUGUUAUACAAUUCCUGUUAAGGGCAAUGUGGUUCUUAUUUUUCCUUGUUUUAAUGUUAAGUUCUUGAUAGUAUCUAGUUCUACCAGCAGAAUUAUAGAUUGUAUUAUUUCAUUAUUAGAGGUUAUAAAUACAGUGAUACUGAAAUAUUAUGUAAUUAGUAAACUGUUUUACAAAAUAAAUAUGUAAACUGCAAA